CAAGCAAACUUCACACUUAACAAAACUGACAAUAAAACCUAGAUUAACACCAAACAAUCUUUUCACAAUAACGGACCGAAGUUCCCCGAUAACGGUGCCAAAAACUUGACUCGCUCUUACUAUCACAAUAAAAUCCCACCUAAGGUCCAAGUAUAAACCUUAGAUGGGUGCAAUAUAGGGAAAGUAUGUUUAAAUAUAAAUCCGGGCCGGCCCAUGUACCGCUACUUUGAUUGUUUGAAACAUUAUAUAGCAGAUAGUUUUGGUGAAAACAAAGAUCUAAAGCUAAAGUAAUUUGCAAAGAGAAAUGGUUUUGACACUAAUUGAGAAGGCUUCACCCGGGUAUUGCCCCCCCUAGCUAGUAAUUACGACUUGAUGGAUCGAAUGGCCGUGUGUGGUGCGGGGUUGUAAACUCUAGGUGCUAAUACGAAAUAGGAGGUUUUUCCUGUAUUAACCUAACUAGGAGGCAAUGAAUUACCCAAGAAAACCCAAUGUUCAAGCCUCUUUGAUAAGCUUUCACACAACACAAUCAUUCAUGAAUAAUACCUCCACAUUCGCAUUAAACACAACCACACACAAAUCAUUCAAUUCAUACAAGCAUUCACAUAGUUGUAGCUAGGGUUUACAAACACCCAAGUGAAAGAAGGGACUACUCCAUGCUAGGAGAAGGGAAAACACAAGAUAGAAAAAGGGAAACCAUCAAAGAAAUGCUAGCCUUGCUCCUUGCGUUGAAGAGAUCCUCCUUUGGGGAGGAAUUCCCAAAUUCCUUGCUUGGAGAUGAAACCCUAUCUUCUCCUCUUCAUUGGUUCGUCACUUUCUCACUCUAAAUAUCUGAAUAAGAAGAAGAAGAAGUUUCUCACCCCAGGUCUCCCCCUUCUUCUUUCUUUUAGCUCGCUUUUUAUACUAAGAUCAUGCCCAGUUCACGGCCCAAGUUCACUGUCGUGAACAUCAAAACACGUCCUUGAACAUAGAGAGCUGAACCAAAAUGCACCGCUUCAAUUCUUGGGUUUACAGGUUUUGGUUUCAGUUCACGGUCUUGGCGACCGUGAACAGCCUUGGUGUUAGCAACCCAGACACCCCUAUGGACGCUUCUUUGUUCACGGUUUGUGGUUCCAGUUUAUGGUCCUGGCGACCGCGAACUCCAAUUUCGGAAUGUUAACAUAGGCUGAUUCCUCCUCUUGGCCCAGUCUUUGCUCCUUUUCUUCCAACUUACGACUCCGGGGUCGGUUUCACCUGUUAGAUAUGCAACACACUAAAACACAAGAAACCUAGCGUAAAACCACCCCUUUUGAAGCUCAAUUUCCACAAAAGUCAAAGAGAAACGGGGAUAAAAAGUGCACAAUUUGGCCCUAAUCACUCACCGAGAGACCAAGGGGAUCCCUACCCUCUCAAACUAUUGUCAACCACAAAGAUCGAAAUGCCGAAUGCAAUGCUAUUCUUUUGAGGUGUGGGAAAGGGACCCCGGAAGUUGUUGCUAAGGAAGUGACCGAAGAAGAGAAGAAUCCUCCAACAGCCAAUGAUCAAGAAGGCUCGGAAAGGGUGGAAGAAGAGACCAAGAAGGCAUUGUCGAAGACAACACAAAUGGCUGAGUACAAGACUCCUCUUCCUUUCGCCACGAGGAUGCACAAGGACUGAUUGGAGGUAGAAUGUGGCGGCUUCAUGGAGAUGCUCAUGAAGCUCCGCAUCACAAGUUUCCCAAGAAGCAACAAGAUCCAGGUAAUUUCACUAUACUUGCACGCAUCGGAACACAACAUAUAGAAAACUCCUUGGCGAACUUAGGAGCAAGCAUAAAUUUGAUGCCUUACAAGCUGUUUAGGAAGUUGCAUCCAGAUGAGCUAAAGACUACUAGGCUUAGUGUCACAUUUGCCGACCGCUCUGUCAUUAUUCCUAGAGGUAUUGUAGAGGACUUCCUAGUGAGAGCUGGCAAAUUCUACUAUCCCACGGAUUUUGUUAUCCUUGAUAUCAGUGAAGACGCGGAUAUGCCACUCAUUCUAGGACGCCCCUUGCUUGCCACCGCCAAGGCCUUAAUCGAUGUUAAUGAGGGAAUUUUGAUUUUGAGAGAUGGAGAGGAGCAACUUACUCUCUUUAUUGAUCCUAAGGCCAAGAAUGAUGAUGUGAAGGAAAUGGAUAAGAAUGGUAUGAUUGGAAGUGGAGGUGAGCCUCUCAAGGCAAACCCCACUAUUACUUGUAUUCCGUGUGGUGAUGUGAAGCAGGAAAUUGAGGGUAUCAAACCCGAAGGAAGGAAAAAGAAAGCGUGGAGAGAAAAGAUGAAUCGAGUUUAUACCCAAAAGAAGGAUAAGGGUAAAGCAAAGACAGUUGGCCAAGAGGGCCAUCCUUUGGAGCUUAAGUUGGGAGGUGACAAACAUCGCUAUGAGACCUUGGCGGAUCCAUUCUCGGAGGCUUUGUGCUCUCAAGCAUGAUAGAUCCGUAACGCCAAGCUAGUGACGUUAACUUAGCGCUUGUUCGAAGGCAACCCAAAGUCGAUUUGUUUUCUUUUCCUUAUUUCCUCUUUUUGUUAUUGAGUGAAGAGUUCAAGUGGAUGAAUGGUUAUCAUCGUGUCAGCAUGUUGUGUCUGAUUGAUUGGAUAUUGAGUGUGUUUGAAUUAGGGGCACUGUUGAUUAGGUCGAGUUUUGAAAUUUUGGAAAUACCUUGUUUUCACUCAGUUCACAGUUUUAGCCUCAUUAUCACGGUCUUAGCAACCGUGAUAAUCAGGUGAAGACCGUGAACAAGGGCAGUUCCAGAAAUUUUUUAUACACACUGUUUUGCUCCAAGAUCAUGGUGUGGGAGUUAUGGUCACGGUCUUAGAGACCAUGAAGGGAUCCUGGUCACGCCGGCGAGUUCCGAUCACCCAAAUAAAAAUCCAAGCACAUA